AUGACCUCUCAGGACCUCAUAACAUUGGACUGCGGUGCGACCACUAUUACUUUAAAUAGCACUGGGGAGAAUGCAAUUAAACAAGCUUAUUAUUGUGGGCAAAAUAGCGGACAAUAUGCGCAAGCAAAUACUACCACUAAGACUUCAGCAGCUAGCCACUAUGCAGUGGCUAAUACAUAUACACUGAGAAAGUUAAUGUACUUACUGCUUAUUGUGGCACUGCUUCCUGUUACCUAUGCCGCAGACUUGAAGAUUGUUGAAAUGCCUGAAACGAAGUCAAUAUCACCCAUUUGGCCAACACCUAUGCUACUGGUGAGGGCGUUGACUUCGUUAAGGUAG